GAGCAGUUGGUCCAUCUUGGGGAUGGCCUCUCCCUAUAUAAAUACCUUCUCCUCCAACCUUUCUUUUAUAGGAAAAGAAUUAGAGGACAUCUUCCUUUCAUCUACAAUCCCGAACAACCCUCUCCUAUCUCUAUCUCCAUUUCUUCACCUAACCCGCCAGUAUACCAAAGAGUAUCUUCACUUCUUCACAAUUCGGCUUUUCCCACCUAUAUAUAUUCCAUACAUUCUGAUAGUUUCUUGGGAAACAAGCUGAGUUUCAAGAAUUUCUCUUUCAAGUAUUGUUUCUCUCAAUACUUCUUUGGACACCAUUUACGUUUAAAACAUUCUUUGUUUGUAGUUGUAAGUCUGUUCUAUACUAGAACAUGAACACUAUGAUCUCUUCACUAAAGCACUCGCACUCCACUUUCACUUCUUCUGAUUUCCUACCCAGAAAGCGUUCAGCUGUUAAACUUCAGUUUUCUCCACUACACAUUAUUCCGAAUUCGCAAAAAGGCCAUAACUUUGUCCCUUCAUUGACUUCUGAGAAGCCGCUUCACAUUUCUUCAGUUGAGAACUUUUCUCUUUCUGCAAAACGGGAACAAAAGAAGCCGUUGACAGUUUGCAAUGCUUAUGAAGCUGACCGGUCACGGCCACUGGACAUUAACAUAGAACUUCCGGAUAAGCAGGCAGCACAGAAGAUCAAGAUUGGGAUAUACUUUGCCACUUGGUGGGCUUUGAAUGUGGUGUUCAAUAUUUAUAACAAGAAGGUCUUGAAUGCUUUCCCUUAUCCUUGGCUCACUUCUACGCUCUCGCUUGCUUGUGGGUCUCUCAUGAUGCUGAUUUCUUGGGCCACGAGGGUCGCUGAUGCCCCGAAAACUGAUUUCGAGUUUUGGAAGACUCUGUUUCCUGUUGCGGUAGCUCAUACAAUUGGGCAUGUGGCUGCAACUGUGAGCAUGUCUAAAGUUGCAGUGUCAUUCACUCACAUCAUCAAGAGCAGCGAGCCUGCUUUCAGUGUUCUGGUGUCAAGGUUUCUAUUGGGUGAGACAUUCCCUGUGCCAGUUUAUCUAUCACUUGCGCCAAUUAUUGGAGGUUGCGCUCUAGCAGCUGUUACUGAGCUCAAUUUCAACAUGACUGGGUUUAUGGGGGCUAUGAUCUCGAAUUUGGCAUUUGUGUUUCGGAACAUAUUCUCGAAGAAGGGGAUGAAGGGGAACUCUGUUAGUGGGAUGAACUACUAUGCUUGUUUAUCUAUGUUGUCUCUGUUGAUCCUUACGCCUUUUGCAAUAGCUAUGGAGGGCCCUCAGAUGUGGGCUGCUGGCUGGCAAAAUGCUCUUGCUCAAAUUGGACCCAAUUUUAUUUGGUGGGUGGCGGCGCAGAGCAUUUUCUAUCAGCUAUAUAAUCAAGUUUCAUACAUGUCUCUUGAUCAAAUCUCUCCGUUGACAUUUAGCAUUGGAAACACAAUGAAGCGGAUAUCCGUCAUAGUCUCCUCCAUCAUCAUCUUCCACACCCCCGUCCAACCUUUCAAUGCCCUUGGAGCUGCCAUAGCGAUCCUUGGCACAUUCCUGUAUUCACAGGCAAAGCAGUGAAGAAUCAAGAAUUCCAAGGUUGUGAUGUAAACAUUAGACAAUGGAAGAGUUAGAAUGAAGAUGCUGAGUUUGAUCGGAAUGAUUGGCGGUGGCUUUUGACAGAAAAAAUUGGCGAUGGCUUUCGUUAACAAUCUCUGAUGAUGGCCUUUAGACUAUCAAAGGAAAUCAGCCUUGCUAAGACGGUUAACAGCUGCUUCUUUUUCAAGAUCCUCGCUAAUCUGCAUUCUGCUGAGUAAUCUUAUAAUUGCCGUCGACAAAGUAGGUUGCAGUUUCAUUUCCUCUGUAUAAUGUCUGCAUAGUCAAUAAAGAAAAUGUUGGAGACCUUGUUUUGAUGCAAAAAUACAAUAAAGCAAGCAAUUUCUUGACUGA